UGACGGAGUGAGGGUGUGACGCUCGCCUCUCCGCCGCUCGUGAGAGAAGUUUUAAUUUUGUCCUGUAAUUCAAAUCAAGUUGUAUGGUGAUUUGCUAGAGCGUGACUAUGGAGGAAGUGUAAUCCAUCUGUGGCUUAACUGGAUUACAUUUAUCAUAUCUAUUAACUAGUUUGUCUUUAAACUGUGUUGGACAAUCGAUUGAGUAUUUGUUGAUUGUUACUGUGUAAGUGAUUGUUAAGUGUCGCAGAGCCUUAGUGGAUUACCACUUAACUUUCUGACCUCGAUUGGAUGAGCCCUCGGUUGGCAGCCCUGUCUACGCCGCUCUAGUUCUUUACGCUGGUGAUCGCUGAGCGAGGCAGUGUGGCGUUGACGGGUCACCAGGCAGCCCACACACACACACCUAAUUGACCCUCACCAGAUCCGGAGUCAUGGUGAAAUACGAGGAAGAGACCUACAGUUUCCGGCUCUCACACCUGGACGAUGGUAUAUACUCCGACACCAGUACCAUCUCCUCUACACAUAAACAACGCAUUGACUCCCUCUUUAGGGAUAAGAGGCGCCAAAACAAACUGUUAUCCGAUUCCGCCCCAAUACGGGUCGAUUCCGCGCCAUUACGGGUCGAUUCCGCGCCAUUGCGGUCCGAACCCGCGCCUGUGCAGGCCAACCCGGUGCAGGAGGAGCUGGAGCGGAUGUUCGGAGGGCGAGACCAGCGACAGAGAGCCUUCCUGGAUGUGCGUGCCACUGUCCAGGCACAGAUUGAGAGGUUAUUUGCUGAUGCCACAAGUGAACCCAUAGUUGGCACCCGCGCCGUCCCCCCGCCAGCCCCCCGCGCUCCAGACCCUCCACUUUCCCCACCACCCCUCGCCUCCCCUACCCCACCGAGGCACCAAGAGUCUCGCUCCCCUUCCCCCAUUACCAGCAGUCGCCCCACAGGCGGUGGAAUCAGUCGAGCAGAGUCGCGCGAGGCGGCGACACCGCGAGCGUCGCUCUCCAACAUGAAGUAUCGUGUGGAUUACCUCGGGGCAGUACAGCUGGCAGAGAAGGCCACCAGUCUGGACGUGCUUCAGGCGCCUCUUAAGGACCUUUACUACAAGUAUCGCCUGAGCGUGUCGAGGGGAAAGCGGCCGGUGCCCGGGACGCUGCAAAUCACAGAAGGCGGACUAAGAAUAACCCAUGGCAGUGCGGACUCCUCUGAUGGCCACUUGGAGUUUACUAACCCAUUCCCGACCAUUGCGGUGUGGGCGGCGGUGAAGCUGGUUAUCCGGAGGGAGCUGUUGGACCACGGCCAGGUGGGCUUCACGUACGCUUUCCUCCCGCUCAUUUGUGACCCAGAAGCGCAGGAUAAGUACAACCUGUAUCAUCCGCUUAAUGUGGCCGAGCCUUCCGUAAUGGUCAUCCAACACCCACCUAUGUUCGCCUGUGUCAUGAGGAAGGUGGGUGUGCCCAAAGUGCUCGAGUGUCACGGCUUUGUGUGCCAGUCGUCCGAGGAUGCCAUAGUGAUGGCUGCCAACUUGUACCAGGCACUGCUGGAGAACAUGCGGAGUGAGGUCCCCAGCGAGGCCCCCAGCGACGCCUCCAGUGACACGCGGGAGGACGAUAGACACGUGAUGAGUGACAGCGAGACGGUGCCUGUCAGGCCGCCACGUAAAAAACGCUCACACCGCUCCGAGUCUCCGGGUUUUGGACAGGGACUGCGACGGGCCAACAGCGAGGACAUCUUGCAGUCGCACAUUAUUCUUGACGAUUCUCGGGCAAGCAAACGUCGACUCAAGCGUUCCAUAAGUGAGCGUCACCAGGGCGCUUUCCUCCUGGAUCCUGGCGACGUUUACACCAGAGUGGCGCUGCCUCGCUCAAAGUCUUUCAUGAACGUCACUAAUAAGUACAAUUUCCAAGACCUGUUGGAUGACGUGAAACAAAAGACAGGCUUAAACAGUGUGGACGAGGUUCUGAAGCAGGUGAUAAACCCGCGUGGGAUGUCAUUCAGCGAAAUGGAUCCUGACCAGCGGGAGAUUUUGCUGAAGCUGGCUCUCACUCUCUCCAAGGAUGAGAUCUACCAACGGUCCAAGAACAUCAUGAGACAACACACCCGGGGGCGUAGCUCCUCCCUCAUGAACCUCAUGGACUCUGACAGCGACGGGUCCACCAUCUCCUCCGUUCUCAAGGCCACUAAGCGAUCCUUUUCCCGCCUUGGUUCCCGCGCCUCUAGUCUACAGUCCAGCUACCUGAAGGACAAGUCGCCACUCAGACGGUUAGUCAACAACAAAAGCCGCUACACGUUUGAAAGGAUUGGAUGCCCCAACGGCGCUACGAGACGAGUAAACAACAAAGAGAACGAGUUUAGUCACAUGCUAGAGAGCAAUGGGAGGAAAGUGGCGCCCAAAACUCCUAUGCCCCGACGCAACCUGUCCCGGGCCAACGAAGGCUACGUGUCGUGCAGCGAGUGUGGUUACGACAGUGAAUGUUCCAGCAAGUGUUACUGUUCCCUGCCCCGGCGGUCCUCUUCAGUCUUGCCACACGAUAAACACGCUCAUAAGGGCCACGACUCUCCGUGCGACUGUGACACUGAGAGUUGUGCCGAGAGUGAAAAGUGUUACUGUUCCCUCAAGCGCGUCAAGAAAAACGGCCUUAAGAUGUACGAGAUCAACCUCGACUCUGAGACUGACAGCAACACUGUACAGAGCGCCAACUCUUACAAGAAAGGAUACGGGUCGCACUCCAACCUCAGCGAAUUGGAGUCGCAUGCUACUUCCUGGAAGCGCAACACCGGUGGAUCCUCCAGUAGCACAACGCAACACAAGAGCUCUUCUUUGUACCUGACGGAGCAGAGCAAGAGUCGAUCAGCAGGCACCGUCUUUUCAAUGCACCCAGACGUCAUCCGGAAAAAGAGCCUGUCAUCAAAUUUAUCGACAGAUUCAGAGAUGUCAACCAUGCAACGAUCGUCGGACGGGUCUGGUUACCAUAGCCAGGAUAGCGGAGGAUGUCGGGUUCCACCUCAUCAGCGAGCAUCAAGCACCGAGUGUCUCCUCUUGUCUCCUAGGCUCCGGAGACACCCGUCGGGCUCCUUAGGAUCGGGCGGUUCCAGGGGCUCUCAUGCGUCGUCUCAAGGUAGCGGAAGUGGGGCAGGGACGCAUCGCUCCCAUGGCUCCAGGGGGUCGGGAACGUCUCACCAGAAGAUUCUGCUGGUGUCGGCAGUGGACCCCAGCGGGAAGGUUGUGUAUCGCGGAGCAUCACAGCGCCAGCAGCGUGAAGACAGCGACACGGCUUCCAUCCUCUCCAUGAAGAAAACCGCCGAGAUCGCUGCCCUCUUCUCCGAGCUUAAACUUAACCAGACAACCGACCUCAUCAACCACCACAGUCAAUCAACAUCAGAGUCUGAAGACGAUGCCUAUUCCUCCAUGCAAGCCAAUAACUCUUUCCUGUUCUCUGAAAAUAUAGAGAACUCACUGGGUUACCUGCCAUAAGUGAAGACUGGUAACUCAUGACAGAUGGCGCUUGUUACUCAUGACAGUGAAGUGCGUCAGAGUGCAGCAGCUGGGCCGGGCCGGACCGGACCGGGCCGGACCCCCUGCCUCGUGAAGUGAGCGGGCCCUUGGGUUUUUCACUCGUCUACCCCACAUUCGUCCCGGAAAACAAGUGCAUAUAAACUGCAUGUGUACGUACAAUGAGUGAGAUGCAUUGUACAGUUAGUGCGGUACAUAGUACAAUGUGGUAGGUCCGUAAUGGUUAUAGCGAGUGGUUCAUUGAUAGUGUGUGAUAGACCACGGUGCAGUGAGCUUGGUUCAUGGGGGCAGUAAGACAUGUGACUCUGCCAUCUUGACAAUAAGGUUCAAGUUCAUUAUUCACCCACAUUGUAGGUCAGAGUCAAGGGUAGUCAAGUUCCCCCCCAACUGUUCCUCAAGCCAUUUUCUAUAGUAGUGACCAGGGAAGUGUUGAGUGAUAGUGAUGUCAAUUUUGUCUAGGUUGCUCCCACGUCCUGAACUCCUCUUCCCACCGCCAAAACUGAUGUCAGUGUAAGAACAUCAAGGGAUGUAUACACUAAGAGAUAGACUCCGCUUCUCGGUGUAUAUUCACCGAGUUUAGUCCUGGAUUAAAGUAUAUUUACUGUUGGUUAGUAAGUUAGUGUGGUGACCUUAACUCUCCUGAGGUUAUCUGGCCUUAAAUCCAUCAACAAACUAUACCAAAAUACAGAAUAUUGUACAUCCGAACGACACCUGAAUUAGUUAAUUAUUUGUAUACGACAGUGUCAUUAAUUUUCACAAGGAAAGAUAUUUAAUUCGUCCCACAUUUUGCCACAUUUGCACAAGCCUUUCUUCGUGUUAACGACUCUCAAGAUGAUCCAAGUGCAUUGUCUUCGGAUAGUUUUCGCCUGUCUGUCCUCUUCUCCUAUCUCCUGUGCGUGAAAGAAACAUAUUUGGUUGUAUAGACUACGAUAAACGGCUCACAUCAUCCUGGACUGGAGUAGACAGCUCACAUCAUCCUGGACUGGAGUAGACAGCUCACAUCAUCCUGGACUGGAGUAGACAGCUCACAUCAUCCUGGACUGGAGUAGACAGCUCACAUCAUCCUGGACUGGAGUAGACAGCUCACAUCAUCCUGGACUGGAGUAGACAGCUCACAUCAUCCUGGACUGCAGUAGACAGUUCACAUCACAUUAAUGAUUUUCGUCUCUUGUUUAAAUUAACCAAGUCUAUCUUCGUUAAACUCUAAUGUAUUUGGUAACUGAUUAUUUAAAUUGGUUUAAAGUCGUUUCGAAUAUAAAAUGUAAAUCCAAUAGUAUUCUAUAUUUCGUCUUCGGCAUAAUUUAUAAUAUAAUAAAUCAACGUUUUAAUAAGAAGUUGAUAAUUCAAUGUCACUAAUACGACCCAAUUUUUAUUUCUAUUUUAGAUAUCUAAAUAUGGAAAUAUAACUAUGUAUAGGAUAGCCUAUUCUUGCAUUUAUUUUCUUUGCUCAGUACUAACUAAUCAAUUGACUUGUCUAUAUAAAACUUUAGGUCCGUGGGGUUUCAAGCUCUUUCGCUACAACAAAUUAGUCUCAUUGUUACUUAGUGAAAUUAUGUGCUCGACAAAUUUACGAAACUAAUCAUGUGUAAUAGAGCCAACUACUUGUUUCGUCUUGGGGGUCAAGAAUAUGGUGUUUGUAGCCUGCGUGAUUAGUUGAUAUUCUUAUACACUGCAUCUGGCAAUGUUUGUAGUUACUGAAGGAAUGUAUGACUUAUCUGUUCCAGGCCCGCCCUGUGUAUAGGUGUAUACAGGGGUCUUUCUCCCUCACCCAUCCUCUCUGUCUGUCUCUCUCUGUCUGUCUGGCUCUCUCUCUCUCUCUCUCUCUACAAAUGAGUUGCAAUGAGUUUCUCUUAAACCAAUUCAGGUUGAGCCUAAAGUUAACGUUACAGCAGCUUGUCAUUGGGUUCAUCGCCAGUUUUCGAAAUCGCUCUCAUGGUCUGAAGCCAAUUUGACAUAAUUGUAUGUAAUUAUGAAAAUAAGUUUAAAUCAAAAUAAAGUAGAUGAAUUUUAGUAAAGUAUAUUACAAGCGAUGAUUUUAUUAAAUUGUUUUUCAAUGUAUUCCGUCCAUAUGAAAUUUAAGAACAGGGCUCCCAUUGCUGUUCAGUUUCUAGACAGCGGCUUGUCGGAAUUAAGGGUUUAAAAUAAGCAAUUAUGUUUUUAAGUGGCUACGGUCUUAUUAUUACUGUGGUAUGGUAAUGUUUAAGUUGCUAUAAAGCUUAUGAAGGAGCCGUUCCGUCAAGUUGUAAAAAGUAAAGUAUGAAGAGAAAGCACUAAGUUAGUUUGACUAUAUAGCACAUGGGAUAUGAGGACGGUGGGAAGGAACGAAUUCCAACUCUUUUGGACGGUCAGGGAUCGAACGCUGACCUGCGUGAAGGAAAGUCGUCGCUCUACCGACUAGUCACAGUGGAUGGACACUAAAGUUGAUGGUAUUGUGCGUGCGUGCGUGCGUGUGAAAGUGCAGCGCGCCAGCCCUCAAUAGACUGGAUAGACUUAUCCAUAAUCUCAAUUUACGGGCGUUUUGAAAAACGAGAACUUAUAAGCAUCUAUCAAAACAAAUGUUGCUAAUAUAUGAUGAUGCAGCUAGCCAGAGGUUACAAUUUAAUGUUAAAUAGCGGUUUCGAUGGAAAAUUAGAUUGUGAGUAGCCUAGUAAGCUCUGAUGAGUAGAAGUGUCGCCAUAUAACUUGGUCUCUGACGGAGGUGGUGGUGACGAGUUGGGAUUUAUCAUGUUGUCUAUAGCUUACCGCCACUGUGGUCUUAACAUUACGGGCUAUUCAUGCCCGUGCCACCUUUUGGGCAUUUUGGGUUUAAUUUUUUUAUUUUAUUUUUAUAUAUAUAAGAAGGUACAUUGGGUUUGUGAGAAUACAUUGGAUAGUACAGUAUUUACAUUCUUGUAAAGCCACUAGUACGCACAGCGUUUCGGGCGUUUCGUUUAAUCAUUCAAUCUUGACCAUUUCAGGGGAUGACGUUAAAGACUCAGUCUGGUGUCUCAAAGAUACAUGAUCUUCUAUAGUAGCUUGCAAUGAAUUAAGGUGUUGAUGUAAUACCAGAUCAGAGAAGCGGAACAGUAGUAAUUAACAAACUAUUUAGUAUGGAGUGUGCAAUUUAACGAGGAUAAAGAUAAUUAGCAAGAUAACGGACACAAGGGGAGCCAUACGGAGGGUGGCGAGGCAAGUGUUGUGUUCACAUACUAGUUGGCAACAUUAGUCUCUCACACCUGCUCUCAUUGCACGAUUGCAACCCUUGGACAUGCAAAAGUUGUUCUAAACUUUGCUGGCCUUUUUGAUAUCGUUCGCCUUAUGCGUUUUUGUUCCCGUAUUGGCAUCCUUGGUGAUAUUUAGCGCCCUCUGGUUAUUCUGCACAUUUGAUGGUGCUACAUAGCCUUCCAGGUUUGGUGCCUUCUUUUGAUAAUUACUUACUUACUUUUGCUGGCCUUAUCCUCCAGGUGAAAAAAACAAUAGAUGACCGUUUUUAAUGUUUAUAUAUCGUGCAAUCUCCUAAGACUGAUGGAUGCAGGCGAGGAGUCACAAUAACGUGGCUAAAGUAUGUUGAUCAGACUACACACUAGUAGGUGAAGGGACGACGUUUCGGUCCGUCCUGGACCAUUCU